ACCGGGCCCUACGGUAACUUGGUGCCUCCAAAAAAUAGCUUGCGCCGAGCUACGAAACGCUGCGUUUUGACCAACUCAUUCUCUCUCUCUUUAUUUACGUUUUUUUGGGGCGAGAAAAAAAAUGAACGUUCCCUCUUUCGUUCAUUCAUUCAUACAUUUCUUCUGCUUUUCUCUCUCUACGAUGCAAGUUUUGCAGAACGCCGGGAUCCACGUUUUUCAUCAACCGCAUUUCAACGAAUCUCAAAUCUUUCGCGCCUGAUUGCUACUCUCUUUUUUUCUUCAAUUUUCAAGAUUUUGUUGUAACCUACCAAGAGUGGAGGAUUAUUAAAUUCAAGCAGAGAUUGUUGUUGUGUUUGAAGAAUUUGAGGUUGAUUAGAGGGAACAAUGUCUAGUCGGAAUGAACGCCAACACCAACAUCAACAUCAAAACCAGCACCAACACCAACAUCAAAAUCAACAUCAACAUCAACAUCAAAACCAGCACCAACAUCAACAUCAAAAUCAACAUCAACACCAUACCGUUCCUCUUGCAGUGCUUUUGAAGCGUGAAUUGGCGAAUGAGAAAGUUGAGAAAUCGGAUUUGGUUGUUGUGUAUAGCCAAGCUAGCGAGAACAAGAAAGGAGAGGAUUUCACGUUGAUAAAGACCGAAAGGCAAAGAGUGGUUGCAGAUGGGGUUUCUACCUAUUCUGUUUUUGGGCUAUUUGAUGGACACAAUGGAUCUGCUGCUGCCGUUUAUACCAAGGAGAAUCUUCUGAACAAUGUUUUAAGUGCCAUUCCCCCAGAUCUCAACAGAGAUGAGUGGGUAGCAGCAUUGCCGAGGGCUUUGGUUGCUGGCUUUGUAAAAACUGAUAAAGAUUUUCAACAAAAAGCUAAAACAUCAGGAACAACUGUAACCUUUGUGAUUAUAGAAGGAUGGGUUAUAACAGUUGCAUCAGUUGGUGAUUCCCGUUGCAUACUUGAACCUUCUGAAGGUGGGAUUCAUUACUUGUCAGCAGAUCAUCGACUAGACACCAAUGAAGAGGAGAGGGCGCGCAUCACUUCUAGUGGGGGUGAAGUUGGUCGGCUAAACACAGGUGGAGGUGCGGAGGUUGGCCCGUUGAGAUGUUGGCCUGGUGGUCUGUGUCUUUCUCGAUCCAUUGGUGAUAUGGAUGUUGGUGAAUUUAUUGUCCCUGUACCAUAUGUAAAGCAAGUAAAGAUUUCCACUUCUGGAGGAAGACUUAUUAUCUGCAGUGAUGGAGUCUGGGAUGCUCUAUCUGCAGAAGCGGUCCUUGAUUGUUGUCGUGGCAUGUCAGCGGAGGCUGCAGCACCACAUAUUGUAAAAGAAUCUUUGCAAGCAAAGGGACUUAGGGAUGACACAACUUGCAUCGUGGUUGAUAUAUUACCGCAGGAGAAGCCACCUACUUCUGCACCAACACAAAAGAGACCGGUAAAAGGAAUGUUGAAGGCCAUUUUUCGGAAAAAGUCCUCUGAGCCAUCUUCAUAUAUUGAAAAAGAAUACGUUGAGCCAGAUAUGGUACGGGAAUUAUACGAGGAAGGAUCUGCCAUGCUUUCAGAAAGGUUUGAAACAAAAUAUCCACUCUGCAACAUGUUCAAGUUAUUCAUGUGUGCAGUAUGUCAAGUUGAGAUUAAACCCGGGGAGGGCAUUUCAGUACACGAGGGUGCGCCUAACCAAGGGAAACCGCGCCCCUGGGAUGGACCUUUCCUAUGCUCAAGUUGCCAAGAAAAGAAAGAAGCCAUGGAAGGGAAACGAACAUCAGAUAGACAUAACAGGGGAAGUGACUAAUGAAUUAUCAUGUACAUAUGCAUUUUGAGAGUGACAAAGGUUGUUCAUAUAACGCGGAGGUCAAAUUUCAAAGCAACUGUGACUCCCUUUAUUACCUCGGGGGUUUCUCGGAAUAUGGAUUCAUUUUGAAAUCUUCUCAGAUUGUUCAUACGGAUUUUCAUGUGUUUUUCAAUGAAUCAGAGACAUGAGAGACUAACAAUAGCAGUCUGUUACAAGAUUUAUAUGAAUUGAAGAGUCGAAUAUGAACCACCCAAGAGUGGCUAAAGGUUCUGAUAAAAGAUGGAAUGCGCAACAGGGCAUCGGAGGCGAUUCAUUCUUUUUCUUAUCUUUUUUUGUUGUUUCUGGAUGUAUAUCUGUUCAUUUGUAUACGGGUCUUUUCGAAUCGUGAAAUGGAAGUACCCUUGUUGUGUAUUAUGCUAUAGGAAGUUUAUCUAGACAUCAUAGAUCAAUUCCACUAAAACAAUAGUAGAUUAGACAUAUGUUGAGCCUUCUGAAUGAGUUCUUGUAGUAUUCAAUGUUGUUAGUAAAAUUAGAAAGAUUAAUUCAAUUGAUAAAACAAUUAGUGUAAGAACCACUACGAUGCAUGGAUAUAUACAUUUUUUACAAAUGUAUUCUAUUGUAAUUUUCAAAGCAGAGCUUUUAUGGGCCAUUCUUUGUUUUAGUCAUGAACAUGCACUUUUAGGCUGUGUAUGUUUCCA